AUGAUGUCUCCAAGCAUCGGAGCUGUCUUGGGUCUUCUCGAAGCAACAAAAUGUUCCGUUUGGGUUCAUCCCGUCGACUACCCACCGUAUCAUCUGGUAGAAAGGAUCCAACAGACCCGAGAACUGCGUAUUCUAGAGAUUCCCACUGUCGCUGAACUCCUCGACGCGUCUAACUCACCUAACUAUCCUUACAUCAAGACCUACGACGAAGCUAUGGGUGACACGUUCUGCAUUCUCCAUACAUCUGGUACCACAGGACUGCCGGAGCCUAUCUAUCUCAAUAACGGCUUGCUUGCUACCAUGGACGCCGCUCGUAUUUUACCGACCGGUCCUGGGAUCUUCAUGAACCUUUUUGCGACGUUCCUUUUUGACACGCAUAGCGUCAUGGGUCCCGUAGGCGUUCACCCUGACAUGAAUCUGCUUGCGUCACUUGCCGACCACGGCAACAUUGAUAUUUGGCACUUCAUGCCUGUCGCAGAGCUCGCCGCCAAGGUGAAUGAGGUAGUACGCGUUCACAAUCUGUUUGGUACCACGGAAGGCCUUUACAUGGGUGACAUGUUGGUGGACAAGGAAGACUUCCUGUGGGUUUCGUUCCAUCCGUACACCGGGUUUGAGUACCCGGAGAUCGAGAAGGGCUUGUUUGAGCAGCUUGCUGUCAAGAAUGAGCACUGGGCUUUGCAUCAGGGAGUCUUCAGAUACUUUUCCUGA